AUGGCAUCGAAUUCUAUUAUUGAUCCGCCACCCACUGUGGCUGUCGACGAUGUCAGCUGCUUCCAGGAGCUCAGACAGGAUAUCAGCAAAUCUCCUCGGAAACGAAGAAAAAUUUCUGCGUCGGCUCACGAAGCUGAUACAUCGUAUAUUUCCGCCACCAAAACCACCUCCUCUUCCUCCUCCUCCUCCUCCUCCUCCCAAAUGCUUACUUCGCAACUGCCUGGCUUUGGGCAUCCUAGUGACAAUAAUACAGCCGACAACACAUCCAUAAGCCAGUCUCCCGGUUCAGCGGGGAAAAGCAUUGCGCCGUUUCUUACCAAACAUAUCCGUGACCACUACGCCCCAAUGAAUCGAUUCGAACCCCAGAAGGUUGAGCGGAACCCGAAUUCGAAAUACUGCUAUCGGCACAGGCCCGAUCUCAAAUGUCGACGCCAGGCGGAUGAAUUGGCUAUGGCGCAGAUGCAGCGGGAGCUCCACACCCUGUCACAAGAUGACCAACAAAGUAUUGCGCAUUUCUGGGCCUUGUUUUCCGCUGCACCGUCCAAACACCGAAACCUCAUGCUUCAGGGGCUGCUUGCCCAAUGUUGCUUUCCCCAACUCUCCUUUUUAUCUGCCAGUGUCCGCGACUUAAUCAGAAUCGACUUUCUUUCUGCGCUCCCCACGGAAAUAUCCUUCAAAAUCCUCUCUUACCUGGACACAGCAUCAUUAUGUAAAGCGGCACAGGUCUCUCAUCGCUGGAGAUAUUUGGCUGAUGAUGACGUCGUUUGGCACAGAAUGUGCGAGCAACACAUUGACCGCAAGUGUAAGAAGUGCGGCUGGGGUCUUCCUCUCCUUGAUCGCAAGAGACUUCGAGAUGCGAAACACCAGAUCCAGAUGCGAGCUACCGGCCGAGGUUUGGAAAAGUUAUCAUCGAACGCUACUUCGGAGAAAAACCAUGACGUAGAAACAUCCGGAGACCAACUCUCUGUCAUGUCAGAUCCUUUGAAGAGAUCACAAUCCCCGACCCCCUUGCAAUCAGGAGACGAGGGAUAUUUCAAGACUCGAUUCCGACCGUGGAAGGAUGUGUACAAGGAUAGGUUCAAAGUUGGCAUCAACUGGAAACACGGUCGCUGCACUACAAAGAUAUUCAGAGGCCACACCAAUGGUGUUAUGUGUUUGCAGUUCGAGGAUAACAUUCUUGCUACGGGCUCAUACGAUACCACCAUCAAGAUUUGGGAUACAGAAACCGGGCAGGAAAUACGCACUCUACGAGGCCAUCAGUCCGGAAUCAGAUGUCUGCAGUUUGACGACACCAAGUUGAUCAGUGGCAGUCUCGACAGGACCAUCAAAGUUUGGAACUGGCGCACCGGGGAGUGCAUCUCGACCUACACCGGUCACCAAGGCGGCGUGAUCUCCCUUCACUUCGACUCUACCAUCCUCGCCUCCGGCUCAAUGGACAGCACAGUUAAGAUAUGGAACUUUGAAGAUAAAUCCACCCGCGUACUUCGCGGACACAGGGACUGGGUCAACUCCGUCAAAGUGGACACAGCCUCUCGCACCGUCUUCACCGCAUCGGACGAUUUAACCGUCCGCCUGUGGGAUCUUGAUACAGGGAACUACAUCCACUCCUACGAAGGCCACGUCGGACAAGUCCAGCAAGUCCUCCCUCUACCCCGCGAAUUCGAAUUCGAAGAACACGACGCCGAAUGCGCAGAUGACGGACGCAGCACCUCUUCCACCGCCGCUGACUCGGACUAUGAAUUCCAUCACCAUCACGGUUCAGCUCUUGCUGAACGACCCGACCGCUCCCCACCGCUCACUCAUGCAGUCUCCCCAUCAUUCGGCGUCAUAUUCAAAGAUGGUCGGCCCCAACCGCCACGAUACAUGCUCACGGCCGCACUAGACUCCACCCUUCGUCUCUGGGAGGUGCCCACAGGCCGAUGUCUGCGGACAUUCUUCGGUCACGUGGAAGGUGUGUGGGCUAUUGGUGCUGACACACUUCGACUGGUCUCCGGAGCCCAGGACAAUAUGGCUAAAGUCUGGGAUCCUCGCACGGGCCGGUGCGAAAAAACGUUCACAGGCCAUUCUGGCCCUAUCACAUGCAUUGGGUUGAGUGAUAGUCGCUUCGCCACGGGCAGUGAGGAUUCGGAGGUUCGCUUAUAUAGCUUUAGGAGCUGA